GCCCGCGUGGGAACGGCACGGGUUAGUUUGCAGCGGUGAGCUCCGCUCGCGCGUCAGCAAGACUUCUUACUAUUGUCGUCACAUUCCUCUCACAGUCAGCAAGACUUCUUACAAUUGUCGUCACAUUCCUCUCACAGGACAACAUUUAUCCGCACGCGCGCAAAAUCCGAACGCCGAUUUCUCUUAUCUGCGCGCAGUAACGCCUCCUCGCUGUCAUGUAGGGGCUUCAUGUGAACGCAUUGCUGUUGACCGAUGGGACGCAAACAGAGGGUCACUCUCUGUGUGAGGAAGCAACGUGAAGAGGAUCCGCCGUGUUUACAAGGAACGAAUCGUUUUGGAGAAGAAACAGAACAAUUAGUGACAGUUCUCUCAGGAAAGUUGAGUUCCAGUCGCAGGGGAGCAGUUCGAAACGCUUCUCAUAUCUAAUAUAAUAUCAACCAGGGAACACUGACUGGACUGAGUGUUGCGCGUGACUUGGACCGUGUCUGAGUAAACACCUGCCUCCGAAGACCUUAAGAACUCAAACCUGACAGAAGAUUAUUUACCGAGGAUUAAGCGUCCAUUUGAAUCACUAAAUAAUAAGGAUAUAUCCUCCUGUGUUAUUAAUAACUCACCUGGGACUGGGUGAAAAUGAGACAGUGGUUCAAAUACGCGCAGAAUUCACCCGUUUAUUUGCAGUUGUGAGCGCUGCCCUGACCAUCCUUUGGGUGCAUAUCUGUUGUUUUUCAAACAGAGGUCUGUCACCCCGGAGCAGAGCAUCCGGACAGCUGCAUCUGGAGCAAAGAGCGCUGUGCUUGUUUGAAGGUUUCUGCAGAAAAAACACUGGAGCAAUGAAACGCAUUCUCCAUCCACAGGUGUUGACCAUCUGGAUUACGCUAAUCUCCAGGGCAACCGCUGACCUGACCUGUGACGCUCUGCUCCUGCUCUCCACAAAUCUUACAGCUCGCACUUUGAUCCUGUGGAAUCAGACGUCUAGUCCCACCAAUUCUACAGGUUUGUUCUGUAACACUUCGAUUGAUGGCAUUGGGACAUGCUGGCCCAGGAGCAGUGCUGGAGAAGUGGUGUCCCGUCCCUGUCCAGAGACCUUCCUCGGAGUCCGUUACAACACCACCAAUAACGUGUACAGAGAAUGUCUUGCCAAUGGCACCUGGGCGAAGAAGGGAAACUACUCCCAAUGUCAGGAAAUCCUCAACGAGGAGAAGAAGAGCAAGCUGCAUUACCACAUUGCAGUCAUCAUAAACUACCUGGGACACUGUAUCUCUCUGGGAGCCCUGUUGGUCGCCUUCAUCCUCUUCAUGAGACUCAGGAGUAUCCGGUGUCUGAGAAAUAUCAUCCACUGGAACCUGAUUACAGCAUUUAUCCUGCGAAAUGCCACCUGGUUCGUGGUGCAGCUCACUAUGAACCCAGAGGUGCAUGAAAGCAAUGUGAUCUGGUGCAGGCUGGUCACAGCAGCGUAUAAUUAUUUCCAUGUGACCAACUUCUUCUGGAUGUUUGGAGAGGGCUGCUAUCUGCACACAGCCAUAGUACUGACAUACUCCACCGACAAACUGAGGAAAUGGAUGUUCAUUUGUAUAGGCUGGUGUAUUCCAUUCCCCAUUAUCGUCGCUUGGGCCAUUGGCAAGCUGUACUAUGACAAUGAAAAGUGCUGGUUUGGGAAGCGGGCCGGCAUUUACACUGAUUAUAUUUAUCAGGGGCCCAUGAUCCUGGUCCUGCUGAUUAACUUCAUUUUUCUCUUCAACAUUGUGAGGAUCCUGAUGACUAAACUGAGGGCCUCCACCACCUCAGAGACCAUUCAGUACAGGAAAGCAGUAAAGGCCACACUGGUUCUUCUGCCGCUGCUGGGCAUCACAUACAUGCUGUUCUUCGUCAACCCAGGCGAGGAUGAGAUCUCACAGAUUGUCUUCAUCUACUUCAACUCUUUCCUAGAGUCCUUUCAGGGCUUUUUUGUGUCAGUGUUCUACUGCUUUUUGAACAGUGAGGUACGCUCAGCCGUUCGUAAGCGGUGGCACCGCUGGCAGGACAAGCACUCUAUUCGAGCACGGGUGGCACGGGCCAUGUCUAUACCCACCUCUCCAACACGGGUCAGUUUCCACAGCAUCAAGCAGUCGUCGGCCGUCUGACCAUAACAGAAGUGAAGCACCUGUCCCCGUUUCUUCUGCUCCCGCUCUUUCUGUCCUCAGCCAACCAUCCACAUCCUCUGCAAAACCCAGGGAUAACAGCUAUGGGCCAAACAGGGUAUGAUCCUCAGCUGAAACAUAGAUGAAGGGUGGAAAUUGACUGAGUUAAUGAGGUCCACCUGCCAAACACAGAGGGAGAAAAACUGUUUCAGAAACAGAUUAGAGCACUGGUGGUCUCAGACAGCAAUGGGAGACCGUGGGAGGAACUUGACACAUACACAAAAAAGACUGAUAAAUACUGGCAGACUGUAUUUAUUCAAUAGACAGAGUUUAAUGUCGCAUCCUGUUCUCAAUUCUUCUCUCAUUGAAGAACUCAGAUUAUUCCUAACUAUCAGAGUAAGAUACUAUAUGAUAUACACUACAGUACAUGGCCAAAAGUAUUACGAUUGUAAGCCAUACAUGUGUCUGAAUGGGAUCAAAUCCAUAUUCCAACAUCUACUGGAAAUCUUCCCAGAAGAUUGGAAGCUGUUAGGGAGGAUAAACUCUAUUUAUGCCAAAUAGUUUGGGAAUUAAUUGCUUCUGGCCAUAUAUUAAUGAAUUGCUUUUGGCCAUAUAGUGCAAUAGUUUUAGGAUUUUUAAAACAAAUUGAUGUAAUCAUAAAAAACCCCACCAGUUUUCCAAUUGGAAAACAAACAGUAUCUUUGACAGAUCUCAAUGCGAACUUUCAUUAUUGUGAUUGAAUCUUCUGGCUGGAUAAAUUGGGGACAAAUGUGUGGCAUUUUCUCAGAGAUGUUCAGAUGUUGUCGCAGCUAGUAAUAGUUUCUGUGAUCAAACUCAUUCAACAUGGACAGUUUUCGCUGUGAUAUGAGUACAUCUGUUGCCGUGUAUGUCAUGUAGUGUGAAAAUUGUAAACAGUUUUUACAAAGAUGAAAGGUGUGUAUUAAUGCUCUCUAAGCCUGUUUGCAUCCUGGGACUCAAGGAUAUUUCUAAACCCUGGGGAAAAGGAGGAAGGAAGCUCACAGGAAAGACUCUCAUGAAAGACUCUCAUGACUGCUAAGGUAGAAGACGGCAUGCUCCAAUGCUAAACACAUAACAAAAUCUUUUAAAUAAGGGGUUUAUCACAGAACAAAGAAAGGAUUUUGAUUUUAUCCUGCAUUUGGAGCCUCAACCAAGCAGGUUAUUGAAUGUAUUUCAAUUAACCACUCCAGCUCUCCAUUUCAUAUAAACUCCCAGUUAUCAAGCAAUUUUAAGAGAUGAUCAUAGUACAAAAUACUUGAGACGUUGGACUCUGGAGACUCUUUCAAAAAGACGUUGGUUUUGUUGCCCAAGAGCCUUAUGGAUAGUUCACCCAAAAAUGACAAUUCUGUCCUCAAUUACUCAACCUCAUGUUUAUCUAAAAUUUUAGAUAUUUCUAAUAUUGAAGAAAGAAAUGGGUUCAGAACAUCCUGAGGGUGAGUAAAUGAUGACAGUUUUCAUUUUGGCUGAACCAUCCUAUUUUAAAAUGUCAGUUAUUUAUAUGAAACAAGGUGCAUUUCAAUAUUUACAUUGCUACUGGUGUGGGCAGAAAUUUAUGGACAGCGGGGAAGUCACCAUGUCAUUUGUGGACCUUUUUUUUCUAGUUUCUCUGGACAGCUGUUCUGUGCAGAAGUAAAUUAGAAAAAAAUUGAUGAAUAGUGCGCUUUGUUGUUUUCUAGGACCAGCUUCUUCAAUUCAAAUCCCAAUAGAAUCAGUCCAGAAGAAUCACCUCAGCCAAAUCUGUUCCUAUAUCAUUAGAGUCAAGAGAGAUCUGCAUGUAUCACGUAGAGUCAUUUAACAUCUAUCCAUAUGUUAUAUCCCUCGCCAAGCUGAGCCGCCAAUGACCGAGUCCUGUGACCGCUCACUGCUGACUCAGCACAGUGAAGCAGAUUUAGCUUUUGUGCUCAUACAUCCAAUCAAUCACAUCUGAUAGGGAGAGCAACGUUGUUUAAAAGAGAGAAAAAAACUGACUCAGGACCUUCAUCUAUGCCUCUGUGCUCUUCUGACCUUCCUGAAGUACUUAUGUGAGAAUCAUUUGUAAAGGCUUCAGCAGAUUCCACAUUCAGUCAUGCUUGUUGUGUACGUGUCCAGUAGCAUCAUAUAUAUGAGUUAGAUAUCUAGUUGUGUAUAUAUAGGAUGACUAGCAUUGUGAAGUUUGCUAAUUACCAUAUAGCAGUGUGUGUACCUGACAAACUGAGGACCAAGCUGGUGUCACUGCUGCUAGUAAACUGAAACACAAGGUUAAUUUCAUUGUCACUACCAAGUUUAGGACUAAGGCUAUGAAGGUUUAUUUUUUUAUUUUUUUUAGGCUGUGCACAGUCAUUUAAAAAUAUCCGGAUGUCAGCAACUGAGAGGACAGAAGUUAGUAGGUUUUUACAUAUUGUAGCACUCCAAAUCAUGAUUAAAAUAUCUCAAAUCUGAGAUUUAAAUGAUUUCAAACCACAUAUGGAUGCUGUCUUGAUCUGUGGUUACUUAUUAUAUAAAGCUUAUAAAAUGGCCUGUUAAAGUUGAUCUCAAAUUGCAACAGCAAAGGAAGAUCAACUUACAAAAAUGAAACAAAUCAUCCCAUCAAUUUACUGGCAAGAAAUUUUCAAACAAGUCUUUCUCACAGCACUAUAUACCAGUGGACAAAAACAUAUCAGGAGAUAAUGUACAGUCCGCCGGUCAUUAAGGGGUUUAUGUUGAGAUAAUGACCAUCUGUCUGUACAUUAUUCCACUUAUUAGACCGCUGCUUGUCAUUUAAAUGCAUAAAUGGGUAUGAAAUAUUGAUUUUAUGUGAAAUGAUUUGAUUAUGUCAGAAGAAAGAGUCUGCAGAGGUUUUCAGGGACAGUGGUUAAGCGUGCAGUUUAGUGGUCAGUCUGACUGCGAUUGACCAAUCAGAUUCAUGUAACCCAGAAAACAGCCUAAUGAAAAUAGAGAAACUAAGAAUAGCUGGAUGCUGAAGAGCAAAACUCCUCAGACAGUGAUGGAUGUGAUGUGGACAGAAAUGAGAGAAGCUUAAGUUACUAUUUAUGUCGAACAGAUCUGUUUGCUGGUGCGUGAGGAAUCGUGAGGUAUCUGAUUUAGCUUCAUGGGCCUGAAGACUUUCACAGCACUGCCCAGACACACUCCAUUAGUCUUUGCCUCACUAUUUAUAGCACUUUAAGAUUAAACAGCUCAAAUGUUCACUUCGUAUACGAAUCUGUGGGGCUACUAGCAAAAAGACCAUCUAGAGACAAAGGUACAGUCUAUACAGCAUUAAAUAAUAUUACAUUAUUUUCUCCUCCUGAAGAGCUAAAUUAGUGACAUAUCUAAGUGAAUUAAGUGUUAGUUAGAAACAUAUUCUAGUGCUUACCUAAACCAUUCAUACUGUAUACCACAUAAAACAUAAUCACAUAUAUUAUUUACAAAUCAUUAAUCAAUCUGUUCUUGAAAGUAGUGCCACGAUUUUACUAAAUUCAUUGGCACUAGAUGCAAAUUCAAGCUUCCCUACUGGCAUCUAUCCAUGAGCAACCUUUAACUUGCACGGAAACUUGCAAUUGCACAAAAGAGAAUGGAAGUGUUCACUACAUUAUUCAAAUGUUCAUCACUUUAAGAAAAAAAGGGUUCUUCACUUAAAAGAUUCCCUUGGGAUUCCAAAGUAGUUCUUUAUGGCCUACUGGUUCAAAACGGCCCUUUAUGUUUAGGAAUGCAAUAUGUCAGGCUGUUCUUUAAAGGUGAAGUGUGUACUUUAAAUGUGUCCCAUAUUUAUAUGCAGGCAACUGUAUAUAAUCCAUUAACAGUUUGACUUUGAAAAAAAAAUAAUAAUUCUAACAUUAUGGCUCUAUGAACAUUGUUCUGUUUGCUUGAGCAGAUUUGAUUCAAGCAAUUAAUUUCAGGUUGAUUUUUUUUUCUCGGCAAGUGAUAAAACCCUGUAGACUUAAAUUAAAGGAGGUACCCGACCUACAUCUCUUUCGACUUGGGCCAGUAAGCAGCAACCUAGCAACCACCCAGGACUCCCUAGCAACCACAUAACAUUGUGUUUAAAGGAAUAGUUCAUCCAAAAAAAAAAAAAAGUUUGUUUCUUCAGGGAAGUCGUGACCUAAUGGUUAGAGAGUCGGACUCCUAAUUGAAGGGUUGUGAGUUCGAGUCUCAGGCCGGCAGGAAUUGUAGGUGGGAAGAGUUUAUGUGAAGUGCUCUCUCCACCUUCAAUACCACGACUGAGGUGCACCCCCAACUGCUCCCCGGGCGCCGCAGCAUAAAUGGCUGCCCACUGCUCCGGGUGUGUGCUCACAGUGUGUGUGUGUGUGUGUGUGUGUUCACUGCUCUGUGUGUGUGCACUUUGGAUAGGUUAAAAGUAGAACAUGAAUUCUGAGUAUGGGUCACCAUACUUGGCUGAAUGUCACUUCACUUUCACUUAAUUUAACCAGAAUUUGAAAAAUGUAGCAUUACAUCACUUGCUCAGCAAAUUAUCAAUUAACUUCAUGUGAAGUGAAAAAAUGCAUGUUUGUGAAAACAAAUCCAACAUUAAGGCAUUUUAUCUGCAAACCAUUGCUUCUGGUCCAAAUGUGAGUCAAAUAAUCCAUAAUAAAGCUUCUUUUUUGAAUAAACUAUUCCUUUAAGUAAAUCAGAACAGCUCUGGAGGCACAUUAAUGACACACUUCAGCUUUAAAACACAAGAUAACAGUGGUUUGUGGGUUUUAUGGCUUGUUUGUAUCUGUUUAGUUUGUUUGUGGGUCAUGUGACCUCCAGACAGCCAUCACCAUUCCAAAGCAAGCUAGCGUUCUCCAUGCCCUCCAACAUAUGCGAUAUUCCAAAGUACGGCAUACACGGUGUGCUCCUCCAACGUGCCUCAAAGAAGGCCUAAAAACAGUCUCUGCUUAUGACUCAUCAUUUUUUCUCUGCACAUAACUCAAAUACCUUCUUCUGUUCAAAGAUACAAAUGUCCAGACUCACCAUUCUUGGUAAGGUCAGUGUCUGUAUCAGAUUUGUUGGCCGCCAUCCUUUACCCAGAAUUGUACGGUUUUAGUAUUAGUUCAGUCAUUUCUAGUAGUGUUGUCAUUUCUGUGUUGGUGAGCCCUGGCUUAAUCGGUGAGAAGCAACACUGGUGUCUGGGUUUGUUUCUGUUUCUUUAUUCACUAAAAUAAUAAUAAUAAUAAUUUCUUUGUCACUAUUUUAGUCUUGUUUUCCAGUAAAGUAUUUAAUGCAUUUAAAACAUAAAUUUAUUUGAAAAAUAAAAUGUGUAAAUAUAUAUUUUUUUCUUAUUUUAAGAAUAAGAACUAUUAUAAAUAAAUCUAUUUUGUUAUUAAGUACAUUUAUCUUGUUUUAAAGAUGUUUAAAUGUUUUACUGGAAAACAACACAAAAAUACUGAUUAAGAAAAAAAAUUCUGCAAAGUUUAUUUUCUCUCUUUUUUUUUUUUUUUUUUUUUUUUUUUUUUUAAGGUUGUGAAGAAGUUCUUCCAAAGUUGUAAAAUGUACAGAAGGUCCGAACAAGUACAAGCUGUGUAGCUGUAUUUGUAACAACGAUGUCAAUAAGUGAUCUUUUUUUGGGUGUUUCUGUUGUGUUUAGUCGCUGAUGUUAAAGUGUACAAAGAAAAAAAUAUUUAUUUAUACAUGUAUGGCACAGAAAAAAUAUCUAUAUAUUUAUCUCACUAUUUAAAUAGGUCAGAAAACACGAGCCCACACACGUGACUCAUAUCAAUAUAUCCAUCACAUUAAUGUCCAGAAUGUGUGAAGACGAUGUAACCUGGUACGUCUUGCUUUUUGUGGUUCUGUGAGACAAUCUUUCCAUCAUUUCUGUCCUUUUCUGCAGUGCUUCAAGAACAUUCUAUUUAUUACUUUUGCUCCUCUGUUUGUUUAUGAUUGAUUCGAUGUUUGAGAUAAUUUAGGAACUGUACAGAAAUUUAUAUUAAAUCAAUUACACAAAGAGUAAAGUCAUAUGUUGAAGGCAUAUAGUACUGUGCUGAUCAAGAUGUGCAUUAAAUUGUUUUUCUUUUUUAAA